CUGCUCCUCAUCCACCUCCGUUCCCCCCUUCCGCGGCUCGUUUUCUCUUCCCUCCUCCGCCGAAGCCGAACCACCCCAGCGGCGAGAGCGAGCGCCGAACGACAGGGUGGGCUCUGCAAGGUACGCCCGCAGGAUCACUGCGAUGAACCCCCGCCACCUCUGCGUCGGCGCAACCCCCGGCAGCGGCGGGAGUGGCGGCCAGUCAGUGGACGCGUCAGCAAGGCGCCGCCGCCGCAUGUCGGCCCCGUUGACAGGCACCCGCCUCAUGCUGGCCUUCAACGCUGCUGCUGGUGACGGUUAUGGCGGGAGGUCGUCGUCCUCCUCCUCCUCGUCUUCCGGAGGGUUGGACCUCUCGUUAGAUGAACCGCACCCCCUCUACAGCCAACACCGUGUCUACCCCGAGUUCUCUCCGAUGUCGAAUAUGGGGCGCCUCCUCUUUCAUGGCUCUCCACUAGGGUCGCCUACGACCGACGACGAUGUGCUCGUCAUGGAUGGUUACCUCGUCGCCGACGGCUUCAGCCCUGGCCCCAAGCGCUACGCCUCCUUUACCGACCUACGCUUGGUCCACACCAACUCCCGUGGCUCGGGCGGCAGCGGUCACCACGGCUCCAGUCUCCAGUUUUCAUAUGGGAAGGAGUCUUGUGUGGCGCGAGCAAUGAAUCCAAGACAUUCUGAGGUGGAACUUCAGCGCGGGCGACCAGUGCAGAGUGCUGGUCCCAACAUGCAGGCGAGCCCCAGAACCUAUCACCCAUCGUUGCAGGCAGCCGGCGUUGCGACCAUAUCCAUGAGGCCACCAGCCGCUCCGUACUUGACGCCUCCGAGAGCCGCCACCACCACCACCGCCACUGCCACUCCUGCGAGAGCGCAGGCCGGCUUCUCGUGGACACCAAAGCAGCCCGAAUUGAGGCCGCCGUCGGUGCAACGGGCGACGUUUGCGUGGCCGCCGACCGAGGAGGAGAACGCGUCCAUCAGCCAAUGCCUGUACGGGCCCCGUGGCGCCCCUCAGCGAAGGCUGCCUGUGUUUGUGAGCAUCUGCCCAGCGUGAAAACCCGCCCUCUCUCCGGUGUCCAGUGCAUCCGUAGGCUCGGUAACGGUCGCGCAAGACGGCCAUGGAUGAGACUCGUUCUUCCAAAGGUGAGGAUGCUGCCGCUGGUCGAGUUAGCGAACUGGCUCACGAAUCACGACCUCUCAUUUACCCCCCCUACGAGUUGUGAAUGUGUUUAUUGGAAAACCCUGAUGAUAAUUCGCGUCGGUCGGGUCGGAUUCCUCUGCAAAUGUGCUAGUUUGCCGAGUUGGUUGGGGCCAGGGGGUAGAAGCGGCUGCUGUAUAUGUGAGUAGAAGUAGAAGUACUGGUAAAUACUUUAGUACACGCACAUCGCUCACCGUUUGUCUGUCGCUGUAUAUUCAGGAUCUUGAUCUCUUCGGCUGCAGUUUGUUUUCCUCAGAUUGAAGAGCUUCAGCACCUUUGUGAUCGGUCGUAUUGAACGUUUUGUCCUUGAGUUUAUAAGAUACACUUGGAAUUUCUGUGCA